AUAAAGAAGUCAUCGUGAUCUCUAGCAAGUGAUCAAAAGCAAAACCACUUCCUCCUCCAUCAUAAAUGCAUGAUAGAAGUUGUCCCCCAGCCCUUCUCGCGGUGCUUGGCCUGGAGACUCCCAGUGAGCCAAUCUACUGCCUUCAUUGCCAUGGCCACACCACCUUCCCCUGCCAGAAGGAAGAGGGUGUGAUGUUUCUCCAAAAUGCCUCCAUCUCUCUCAGCUUCUUCCUUCUUCUUAUCCACCUCUCCUCCUACCUCCUCACCAAGCUCUUCACCUUUCUCCUUCAUAGAGUCAUCUCCAAAGGCCAAGGGGAUGUUCAGCUCAGUGCUCUUCAACACGAGAACGAGCCCGUAUCGACCUCCGAUGAGCACUUAGAGAAGGAUGGCUUGGUCGCCGACGCGGUUUGCAGAGAAGACCUGCUUUUCUUCUACAGCGAAAGCAGUGGCGAGGAUUCCCUGCUUACCGAGCAAGGAAAAGAUUCCAAUGAGAAGCAUUCCUUGGAACUAGAGGAUGCCUUUGUUUCGGAAUCUCUGCACGGUUCCCCUCCAGAGAAUCUCGACAAUGAGAAUCUUGGAACCGAGUCCAGUAAUGAUCUGAUAACCGACGUGCCAACGCCAUCGGAUUGUCCAAGUCCAAUCAUAUUGGCAUCGGAGAAUGUUACCUGCGAAGACACGAGUCAUGAAAAAGAAACUCACCAGAAUCACGAAGAGAAGAAUUUUUGGGAGCACGAGAAAUUCCUUGCCGUCAACAACUCUGACACAGAGAGCAAAACGUCGUUCCGGGUUGAGGAAGUCCAUGUUGAUCUCAAGGAAAAUUUUGGUGGAUCCCUCACCGGCGAGUCUACGUCGAAGAGCUCCAUCGAAUGGAGAAGCUCUGCAAUCCUCAGGGAUUCGGAGACGGAAUAUCCCUUCUCGUCUUCAUCCCGGAGGAGCUCCUCCAACUGGGAGUCAUACACACUGUUCCGCAAGUACGACGAGGAGAUGAUGUUCUUCGACCGAGUCAGUGCACAAAAACUCAGUGAAGCAGAGUCACUGAGGUCUAUAAAGUUCCAACCAAGAUCAAUUUCUGAGAGGAUAGUUCACAAAUUAGUGACAAAAAAUAAGAACUCAUCAAGGGGAGGCAGGGAUCCGUAUUUGGAAUUGGAGAGUGCUUAUGUGGCUCAGAUUUGUUUGACAUGGGAAGCUCUCAAUUGGAAUCAUACCAAUUUCCGGCGAGUGCAUUCCAACCGAGACAUGGAAGGUUACUGCUGCCCUGCGCGAAUCGCUCAGCAGUUCCAGCAGUUUGAUGUCCUGUUGCAACGUUUCAUAGAAAAUGAGCCUUAUGAGCGCGGUCGAAGGCCUGAAGUCUACGCCCGGGUGAGGAUUUCCUCUCCAAAGUUGCUCCAAGUUCCCGAAUUCAAAGAUUCAGAGGCUGAUGGAGAUAAGGAAGAAAUGAUUUCAUCUACUGAAUUUUUAAAGAUAUUGGAAGAUGCAAUCCGGACCUUCAUGAAUUUUCUCAAGGCCGAUAAGCAAAGCUACCGCCAAAUGUUGAAAUCUCUCAUAAAGAAGAAAUCAAGCUCGGUAGAUCCAACUCUUCUUCAUUUGCUCAAGAAAGCCAACAAAAAGAAGAAGAGGAGGCUCAAAGACCUCGGGAGGCAGCGGAAAUGUCUGAAGAAGAGGAGGAUAAAAGAGGAACAGGAGAUGGAGAUACUGAUAAGCCUAAUAGACAUGAAGGUUGUUUCAAGGGUUUUGAGGAUGCCUGACAUCAGUUCGGAGCAGCUGCAUUGGUGUGAAGAGAAGAUGAGCAAAGUGAGAGUUGGGAAUGGGAAAAUAGAAAGAGAUUCCUCCCCCCUCUUUUUCCCCGUUCACUGACCCCACCCUUGUAUAAUCUACUUUACUUUAGGUUGCUUGAUGACUAGAUAAAGUACUUAGAUAUGAGAAUAUGCAUUUCCAA